AUGGAUGCCCGAGAAACAUUUGAUGAUGCUCUUUGCGUUAUAACCUAUAUUCCAUGGAAAAUGGCGAGGAAGAAAGAGUAUUCCAUUGUUGACGGAUGUGCAAAAAAGCGUACCGCACCAAGUUUUUCCUCUGUUGAGAAUAUCAGUAAGACUGGAAAUAAUAAGGGGAACCCGAAUGCUUUGAAAAGGAAAGAUUCCAAUAAUCGAGCUGGUCCUAGUUGCCCUGAUGUUUACGAUGUGGCUGACCUUCGCGCUCAACUUAGAUCAAUUGGUCUUACCUUACGUGAUAUCCCGGGUGAUGGUAACUGCCUGUUUAGGGCUUUGGGGGAUCAGCUCGAAGGUCACUCGAGGAACCAUUUGAAACAUCGAGCCGACACUGUUCGAUAUAUGAUAGCAAAUCGGAAGCAUUUUGAGCCUUUCAUUGACAUACCGUUUGAGAGAUACACUGAGAGUCUGGGUCGUUCUGGCACCUAUGCGGGACAAGAUGCUUUGGUGGCAUUCGCGAAAUUGCAUAAAGUGAAUAUAGUAAUUCACCAGCUCAAUAGCCCUCUGUGGCAGAUCGAAGGAUCAGAAAACGAAAAUGCACGUGAGCUACAUUUAUCAUAUCAUAACGGUGAACACUAUUCCAGCGUUCGUUGUUUUGGAGACAAAGAGGGCACACCUGCUGAUGUCCGCCUCGUUUCGCUUAUGGCAAGUUGUCGAAUUGUUACGUUUCACAAGAGUUUUGAUGAUGCGCAAGAACGACCUUGUGUCUCACUAGGAAAGAAUUCUGCAACGGGCACACAGGUUGGUGCUAACGGUAAGGAAGCUGAUACUUCACUCACCCCUUCUUAUGCAAAACAUAAAACUCUCGAAAGCGCUCCCUUGGCAAUACCAGAAGCAGUUAACGAUGACAGCAAUUACAUAGCAGCUCUUGUCGAUUUUGAUGCUGUUGUUAGCGAGGUGAUGAUGAGAAGUAACUGCGGAGAUCGGACGUGGGCAACGCAGGCGUUAAUUGAAAAUAACUAUGACGUGGAACAGACUGUCAAAUAUCUUUUUUCUCCUUCAGUAAAAUGGGAGGAAACUCAGAAGGACAAAUCCGGGAAGCUUAAUGACGCGCUAUUUGGGUCUCGAAAUACCUUCAAAGCUGGACCUUUAACGAAUACUUCCAGAAGAGUAGUUCUCGUUAAUUUUACUGAUUUAGCUUUUCGUUAG